AUGACUGCCCCAGAAACCAUCUCGCGCUGGGAAACACAGCUGUCCGCCUGGUACACCACCACCAGCGAGGCUCUGGCCCAGGCGGCCCAAGCCAAGCACAACCUGGCCAUUUUGAGCGCCAGGCGCCAGCUGGACGGCUCGUGGCUCCCCGAGGGCGUCACCGAUGUCGACAGCUACCGAUCCCAGCAACUGCAGCACGUGCAGUACCUCGGAUCAGACGUGACCACCUGGAUCUACCACGACAUUGGCAAGGAGCUGGCCAACAAGCUGCUGGAGAUCAAGAGCCCAGAGGACGAGACCAAGGCCACGGAAAUGCUCAACCAGACGCUGCUGCUGCUGCAAAAACGUCACGCGCAGGAACUGGGCAAACUGCGGACCGACGAGGCCACCCAGCAGAUUCUGCUGCCCCUCACCAAAGACGAGAAACGGCCUGCAACCCAGACUGAUUUCUUCAAAAUGAUGAAGGAGAUGGAGACUGGCCAAGAGGGAGGAGAACGAGACCACCGGCCCUUCACCAGAGAUCAGGUCAACAUCUACUACAACGACUGGCUGGAGAAAGAAAAAGAAGAGAAGGAAAAGAAGGACAAGGACAAGAAUUAG